AGUGUUUCUAAGUGUAUAAAUGAUGUCAAAGAGCAGCAGCAGCCUGAAUAUGAGCCAUUAAUGAAUACAAAGUUUGAAUCGGUCUUCUUCUUCUACAUAUAAAACAUACAUAGUUGGGUGGUGUCCUUCAUUUUAAUUGGCUAUCUGGCAGAGCGGAAGUGACGCCUCGGCCCCGCCCCUUGUCGCCAUAGUAACGCGCCAACGCCGCAGCGACCGUCGGGACAGCCCGGAGACAUUUGGGGCUGCUUUCUGUUUAGACAUGAGGCGGCAGAAGCUGAUGGACAGGCCGAAGUACUUCACCCCCGCCGAGGUGGCCGCUCACAACACCGCGGCCGACCUGUGGGUGUCCUUCCUGGGCAAAGUGUGGGACCUGACCCCGCUGAUGGAGCAGCACGCAGGUGACGUGCUCCUGCUGCCCAUCAUGGAGUCCGCAGGAAAGGACAUCAGCUGCUGGUUCGACCCGGAAACCAAAGACAUCCUGAAAUAUGUAGAUCCACUGACUAACUGUGUGAGGUACUACACCCCCAGGGGGCGCUUCGUGCACGUUCCCCCCGCCGGCCCUCGCUCCGACUGGGCCAGUGACAUCGGCCAGCCCUGGUGGAGGGACGAACGCUACGAGGUGGGACUGCUGUCCUCCAAAACCAGGUGGAUACGAGUCAUCAACACGCUGACGUCACAGGAGCAGCGACUGCAGGUGUGUUCGGAGGAGACUCUGGCUGAGAUCCUCCAGCGUUACCUGCGCUACAACUCCCACGCCUGCAGCUACACCUGGAAACAUGGCGGAGUGAGUCUGGACAUGAGCAGGACGCUCGGCGAGAACAACGUCCUCGAUGACGACCACGAGCUCACGCAGGUACGACUGGACCGAGACCUCUUCACCCCCGCCAUCCUCCUCCACUUCAACGAUGACCUCACUGAGGACUGACCUCUGACCUCAUCAGGGGCCGAGGUUUCUGAGCUGUGACCUGACAACACAGAAAAUAUUAAAGCUGCAUUAAAGAAGAGCAGAGCCGAGUGUCACCUGCUUCACUCCUCACCUGUACAGCCGCAUGUCAGAACCAGGGCAUUAAAUGAACAUGAGAAAUUCAUCUCUGAAUGUUUUAAUUAUUAGUAAAAGUCUGAUUUGAAUCUUAAAGUCUGACUUUAAUCACACAGAACUGUAACAUGUAAUUUCAAACCUGCAGUAACGUUUGUCUUCAGCAGAAACGUCUGUGAACGCAACAUUAACGGUUCGUCACCUUUACGCUGUCAGCAAACAGCUGCAGAGCGACAUGACGCUUCAUCAGGAGGCGUGUCUGUGUCGCCUGAUGAACGUCAGUCCGGUCUAUAUAAUACGAGUCUGGCUGCUGUUUGCUGCAGAGCAGCUCGUGUUCAGAGGCUUUUCACAGCUUCUUCUUCUCUGGAAGCGACGCUCUGAGAGCUGAGAGCGAACCAGCAGAUGAACAGCGAGCUGAAAGUCUCUACGAAGCUGCAGGUUCAGCUGAUGGUUCACACAACACACUGUCAGUUCAUGCCUUCAUUUAUAAAACUACACAUUACAGAUGCUUUACUCUCAGUGUUUUGACCUAAAGCUCCCUGUGAAGUUUUCUUGUAAACAGCUCCCUUUUACAUUCAGUGCUUCUCCCUUGUGUGUAUCACUGAGGUCUAACAACAGGGCUCAAUUAAAUUCCAUCCUCAUCAAACAUUAGCAGAGACGAUAUCAUGCAUUGUUUGCUUCCAUGUUUACUUCCUGUGUUCUUCUUCACUGCUUUUCUUGGUGCAGUGAUGCACCUGUAGAUCAGUGGAAUAGCGUGAACCUGGCGGCAGGAAUACGUAGCGCAUCGCUGACAUUUGAGCGCAGUACAAACAAACAGGAACCCACUUCUAAACAACAGUGCUCCAGAAAACUCCACAGGAUAGCUUUCAUUUUAAAAUUCUGACUUCAAUCUCGACAGUUUUAAUGGCUGGAUUGGCCAUACCUGCAGAGCUGCUGACGUUCCCAUCAGCCUCUGCUGCACUCUGUGUUUACUGCUAAUUAGCUAAUGUUAGCAUGCUAACACGCUAAACUAAGAAGGUGAACAUUAUAGCUGCUUAGCAUUAAAGGGGACGUGUGCUGAUUUUCCCCCUCAGCAUGUGUCUCCAGGUGUCUCCAGGUGUCUCCAGGUGUUGGGGAGUUCUGCUGCAGAUCUUUUAAAGUCGUACGAAGCCUUCAGUGUCGCAGAGGGGGCCGAGUGGAGUCUGAUAAGUGUCCUCAGGUGUCGGUUGGGGCUGAAGGCUACAAGUUUGAAGAUGAAACACAUCUGUUGGUGUGGAGUCAGAAAGAAGCUGCUGCUCGUCUCUGCUGCAGGCUCACAGAGCUGCUAGCACAGCUGUUGUCUACAUGUCUGAAAUAUAUAAGUACAAACUUAUAAAACUGCCUUACUGAAUGAUUUAAUAUUCCACAUACAGAUACAGGUGAAUGAUAUAACAGAGUAAUGGUGGUUCCUUUGCGUUAAAGGUUAAAUCCUAGUCGUCCCACAGAGUUUGAUGCGAACCUUCAUGUGAUUCGUUUGAGGAAGUGUCGACUUCCCUUCCGGAGAAAUCUGUCAGAACUAAAGGGAAGUUCGCUGAACUUCAGCGAGUCUUGGGAGGAUUCACUGGAAAUAGAACAAAUCUGUCAGCAGAUAUCUGAACAUCGGAGAGACGUUAUGAAACGUUGGACUGGAUCCAGAUAUAUUUCGGAGGUGAUGAAUGGACAGUUUUUGCACAGUUGGCUGGUUGAUGGGAGGAGGCCAGAAACCAGAGCCGCUUGUUGCUGCAGAAGUUUGACAGAAAACGACUCGUCUUUCCUCCCGGACUGUUUCUGCGACUGAGACUUCAACAAGGUGUAAGCUGGCUCAGAGCAGUGGUUGGGGUGUGAUGGUCAGCCAUCACUCCGGAGAGACUGAGGACACCUUCAUCUCUGACCUGGUGGUCGGACUCUGCACCGGACAGAUAAAGACCGGGGCUCCCUGCAGGUCGGAGCGUCUGGCCAAAUACAACCAGCUGAUGAGGAUCGAGGAGGAGCUCGGAGACAAGGCCAAGUUCGCCGGCAAAGACUUCCGCCACCCAAAGAUCAACUAAAGCUCCGUCCUGACUUCCUGUCUGUCACCGUGACAACUGACAACCUAUGACCACUGAAGCCCCUCCCCCUACAGCUGGGGGUGAGAGGUCAUAGGUCACGGCGGGUUUGACCCCGCCUUCCUAGCUAUAAUUCCAUUACUGAUGUUUUCUAUAUAAAACACAAUAAAGACGAAAGAAUAAAACAAA